AUGGAGAAGGAAUCAGUGGCUCAAUACCAACUAGAGGAGGACGAAUCAAACGCCAAGGUACGUAAACCACCUAUACUCCACUUCCCCAGAGAAGAUAAGGCCAUGUCCUUCGAACUGCGGGCAGGGAACCAAGCCAGAAGGCCCAAGCCAGAGGUUAAGCAGCAAAUGACAGAGGAAAGCCGAAAAAUAAAGGACGACCAAGAAUUCGAAACCUCCACCGAGCAACAAGAAACCAAGCUAAAGACUGGUGAUCAUGAGACUCACGAAACUCGCACAUCGGUACAUCACCACUAA